AUGCAUCCACAGAAAAAGCUGACGAGCACGGCGUUCGAUAGUAAGCUGGGCAAGAGUGAUGGAGCAAAAGUGGCACUCGCACAAAGGCCCCAACAUAAAGAUAUAUGCCGGGCACCUCUCCCAAGUAGCGCCCAAUAUCACAUAUCAAUUCCCAAUGCCCGAAAAUCUUGCUGUCUGACGGUGGUUGAUGCCAGACGUCUUCGUGCCCAACGCCUCCUGCCAGGCUUAGAGGAAGGAGGAAGGUCGACCAGCGAACCUCGGCUGGACGAGAGAAACACUUACGGAAUAUCAAACUUCAACGUCAACUUCACCGGUUUGGACAUCGAAGCUAUAAAGGGGAUAAAAGGAGGAAGAUAA